AUGAAGUCAAUUGGUUUAAUUUUUUUGGCACUUUGUGCAGUGCAGUGUGAUGUACAAUUCGGCAAGACAUUUGGUGCUGAAACGCGAAUUCUUGGUGGCAAAGAUGCUGAAAUGGGCCAGUUUCCAUAUCAAGCAUCACUCCGAGUUCUUCAUGACGAACGUCAUAGUUGCGGAGCGGUCAUAAUAGGUAAACGUUUCCUAUUGACAGCUGCUCAUUGCACUCGCGGGCUCUUCUUGUGGCCAAGAUUCACGUAUGUAGUUGUCGGCGGCAAUCAUCUUAACGACGGCAUACCGCUCAAAUUGGACAAGAUCACACCACACGAACAUUUUGAUUUGAAUACACUUUACAAUGAUAUUUCGCUGUUGCGCACCGCCGAAGAAAUCGUUUUCACAGACCUUAUUCAACCGGUUUCACUGCCAACACAAACAACUGACGGAAACACCAGUGUUGUUUUAUCUGGAUGGGGACGCACUCGGUAUGAAAAUGGAACACCACCACUGUCAGACACUUUACAAUUUGUUGAAUCGACGACCAUUAGUUUUGAUGAGUGCACAGAACGUUUUAAGGAUCAUGAGGCUCUUCAAUAUCUCAAUGAAAAUGAUAUUUGCACAAUAAAUGAAGUGGAUGCUGGCGCCUGUUCGGGUGAUUCAGGCGAUCCAUUGGUUGACGUAUCAAGUCCAGAGAAAAAAACAUUGGUUGGCAUAAUUUCAUGGGGGAUCCCUUGUGGCAAAGGAUAUCCAGACGUUUAUUCAAGUGUUCACGCAUUUCUCGAUUGGAUUGAAAGAAAUAUGGCCGAACAAAGCAAAGAAUAAAUCGAAAUAUUUUGGAAUGACUUAAAUUCAUGACCAUAGGUUGUGAUAAUAUUAAUGCUUUUAUUGUGGUAAUAAAAUUUUCUUGCUUCAAAAAUCAAGUGGUUCUUGAAAAGCACGCAGAAAAAAUCUUAUCUCA